CUGUUUCUCUUCUUUCCUAAAAUCUCAGUUAUACAACUCCAUAGAAAAACCCACAGAAAUAAAUCCUUUCUCCCUCCGCGGAUUUAUAUCUAUGUGCGUAUCUGUAUGCAUAUAUAGGGUUUCAAAUUGAGAUUUCCAUGACGAAGCAUUAGAUCUUAUUCUCCUUUUUAUUCUUCAGAAAUUAGGGACUGGUACAGAAUCAUCGCUAGAGCUGCGAAUGAGAAGAAUCGGCAACAUCAGUUCAUUGAGAUUUAGACAAAAUAGAGGAUUUGAAGCUGAAAUUGAAGUCUAUUUUGCGCAAGAUCUCUCUCUUCUUUGGAAGUCUUUAUCUGAAUUUAGGCCACCCAUGGAUUAAUCUAUGUAGUACAUGGCAUGCCAUUAGGUCAUGAUUGAAUUUGGGAAUUAUCUUUCAAUUUACUGCUCCAGUUGUAAUACUAAAUACACUGCUACUAUAACUACACAACCGAUGUAGAAUUCCAUCUUUCUUUGCAAGAUUCAUUCUUUUACUUUUUGAACAAGCCUAUUGUUGUCUGUUGAUAAUAUAUUUAUUUAUUUUUGAUGGUACGAUGAUUAAUAAUGAUGGAGAGGUUGGAAAUGAUUUAGUCUAUAGAUACAAAGUAGGUUUGCUUAGGUGGAGUAGUGCUUCGAGCAUAUUAUGUUAUGGACGAAUAUCAACAAGAUUGAAAUGAAAAUUUUAUUAAACAAUUAAAAGGCCAACCAUGUUUUACAGGAUAGAAUUUUGAGCAACUAAGAAACAACACAUUUUUAAAAUGAGUGUAAUUGAGAUGAAGAUGCUUAGAUGGCUAUGCACUAAGACUAGAAAGAAGUUAAAAGAUAAAUAUAUUUGUGAAAUGGUAGUAACAUCAAUUGAAGAUAAACUGAGGGAGAACAAACUAACAUAGUUGGUCAUAUAUAAUGAAAAUCUAUAGAUGCAUUGAUAAAGAAGAGUGAUAUAAUCACCGUAAAUAGAAAUGGUAGGGGGAGGGGAAGAUUUAGACUGACAUGGGAUGUUGUAAUAAAAAAAUAUAUGAAUUCAUUUAGUUUAAGUAAGCAAAAUCACUUGAUAGAGAGAAAUGGAAAAAAAAAAAAAAAAAGAUUUAUAUAAUUGACUCCACUUGAUUAGGACACGAGGCUUAGUUUGAUAUUAGUACAGUCAUCUUUUGCAACUAGUGGUUGCUUGCAAGUUUAGAUAACUAGAGGCACAAUGUGUCUUAUAGCCCAUUUGGUAUGCAAAGGUGCAUCCAAGAAUAAGGUGGGGUGUUUCAAGUCCUCAGUUCAAUAAUUAUAUAUUGAAUGCUUGGGCGUUGAUUGCCACCCCAGUUAUACACUCCCUUAGUUCUAAGCCAUCCAUUUUUAUGCUCCACUUUCCCUUGAAAGGAAAAUUAGCUUUGCUCCUCUAGGCACUAGGCGCACCUGUGGUUCAUGAGGUUAUCUAAUUACAAUAGAUAACACAAAUCAUGGGAAGGCGAUCGCAUCUGUUCUUGGCUGUAACUGUGCUUUCCUUAGACUUGCUGUUGCCUAUAUCCAUAAAUAAUAUAUGUAAGGCCAUAAAUAUGCAUCUUGCUGGUCAGGGUGUUUCAUAGUUUGGUCAGUGGUGGAUUUUGAGUUGUUGCUGAUAAGUGAUGACCUUUAUUACCAUUAAAUUUGAUUUCAGUGAAGUUAGCCAUUGUCUCCAAGUUCAUAUCCAAUCUGAUCAUCAGCACCAUAAUUAUUUUUAUUGGCUAUAAUUCUCGUCAAUUGAUAUUCACAACUCUGUCCCAUAUGCUUAGUCAUUGGCUGAGUUGAUAUAAUUGGUGGUAAUUCAUCCACAACAUAGUAGAGACUAAAAUUAUGAAGAUCCUUAUCAUAGUGUCAACUCUUGGCCCCAUAGUAUUUAUGCUGUGGGGGUUUAUAAUAGCCUCACAUUUGUUCAUUGACAAUAUUUAGUGUUACACAGCUCAUUUGCUUUAAUAGAUUGUAACAUGAGCAAGAAAUAAAGAAGUCAUUUUCAUCAAUUUACUUGUGAAAUGAGAAACAAUGGAUCUAGGAAGAGAAAUUUCCAUUUAUAAUUGAUUGGAGAAUUUGCAAUUUCGUUGUUUAGGUUGUGCUUUAAUCAUGUUGGUGUGAUUUCACAAUGUUAGGUAACUAUUUUUUUGGGCUAUCGAUUUUGAGGCAUAGUUCCACCAAGCUGCAGCUUCAAGUUCUUUUUCUAUCUAUAAUAUUUUGUAGAGCUGUGACAUGGCUGAUAGGUGAAAAUAGAGUUAAGAGAUGUUGAUACGUAGUUGUCACUUUUGGAAGGCACAUUGAUAGAUCCAUACAUGCAAGAAUGUGCAUGGUUGAAGAAUAUUAUUCAAUUGCUAGUAUUACUCUGGACUUAUCCUUUGUUGAAGCUUACUGGUUCAUAUUUUUGGCUGAAGAAAUACUGCAAUACAAAUUUACAGAGUUAUGCCAAUACUUUCUCAUUGCUUUGCAUCUGAUAAAAUUCAAUGCUGUUUUUCUUACAUGUUUAGAAUUUCAGUAAUUUUUCCCUUUCUAUUUGUUUAUGAAUUUUGGUCAUUUAGGAUGAUUUUCUUAGUGGAAUAGAUAUGCUUUAAUGUGGAUAUAGCAGUCCAAGUUUAUGUUUUUCUUGAAGCAGUUAUUCCACUAUCUCCCACCUCACUCCCUCUUUAUCUUGUUGUCCCAAUGCUUUGAUGGUAAUAUUGAAAGUAGUUCUAUGUUACAUGGACUCAGAUAUUAGUAUCUGGUUCGAGUGUGUGUCCAAGUGUCAGACCUUCAUGAACUUAAAUUUUAGUAUAUUUGUCCAAAAUAGGAUAUGGGUAUGGGGACUCGUUAUGAACCCACAUAUAUACUACAUAUUAUAUAGUAUUCUUAGAUAAGAUGUUGUAAAUUAUAUAAAAUGUACCUGAAAUUGAAUAAGAUUUAGAAAAAAAUGUGGAAUUUUCUCUCGCAUCUAUGUUAGAAGUUAUAAAUGUUUAUUUUUUGGCAAAUGUAAAUUUCUUAUUCUUCAAACAUUGCAAAAAAUUAGAGGAUUCAAAUGUCCAAAGUAAGUACGGGUGUCGGACACAUAUUCCACACCCUUAUCCUUGUCAUAUCCAGUGGACAUGGGACUUUGGGUGAAAGUUGAACAAAAGAGUCCAUGUAAUGUAACAUUGAUUUAAUACUCUACUGAGUGUGAUGAUAAUUCCGCAGGAAUGUUAUAAUCAAAUUUUUUUUUUCCUUCUUAAAUUUCAUUGUUAAGUUAUUUGUAUGCUGGCAAGGAUUGGGGCAGUUGACUGUUCACUGGAAACAAGAAAAUAUUGUUCACGUUAGUUCCAAAUUACCAUACUGAUACUGUAUCCUAUCGAGGUUGUAUAUCUAAUUUAUUAGCUGCUAUGUAGGUUGUCUUGACCAUCAUGCUGUGCUAUAUGUUCAAUACAAUUGGUUGCAGGCAAAAUUAUCCUUUUAGUUCUGCUGACCAGCUAGGAACAUGUGAGCUUUUAAAAGUCAUUAAUGGCUAAUCCAAAUGCAUCAGCUUUGAUAGUGACAUCUGAAUCCUCAGAACAAGGUGGGACACAUGUGGAAAAUUCAAACAUGAACUUGACUCAACCACCUUCACAGCAGAGCCGAAACUCCUCACAUGGUUCCGUGGCUAUUCUUUGGGACAUUGAGAACUGUCCUGUCCCAAGUGAUGUACGUUCUGAAGAUGUGGCUGGCAACAUCAGAAUGGCAUUGCGAGUCCAUCCUGUAAUUAAGGGAGCUGUUACCAUGUUUUCUGCCUAUGGGGAUUUUAAUGCCUUCCCUAGGAGAUUGAGAGAGGGCUGCCAGAGAACUGGUGUCAAACUCAUAGAUGUACCCAGUGGGAGAAAAGAUGCUGCUGACAAGGCCAUAUUGGUCGAUAUGUUUCUUUUUGCUCUUGACAACCCCCCUCCUUCCUCCAUCAUGCUUAUAUCUGGGGAUGUUGAUUUUGCUCCUGCACUACACAUACUUGGUCAACGUGGAUAUACUGUGAUUCUUGUCAUUCCUUCUCGAGUGGAUGUUUCAUCUGCCCUAUGUAACGCUGGUAGGUUUGUAUGGGACUGGUCUAGUGUAGCUCGUGGGGAAGGCUUUGUACCGCCUUCUAAGGCUUUAAUUCCCCCUCGUGUAGGUCCAGCUGAGAUUGCUGGGUAUCUUAUGGGGUGCCACAUCAAUGACUACCCAGAUAGUCAGACUCAGAACGAAGAAGAAGCAAUUGUAUACAGAGGUCUCUCACAAAGCUAUUCCAACUCGAGGGAUUUCUCAAUGAUAUCACAGUCCUUAUCUGAAUACAACAGAACUUCAAUCGCCAUGCCUUGUUUCCCCUCAACUUUAAGAUCACAAAGUCUUCCAUCUGGUUUAAACGAAGUUUCAGGAGGAUCUGUUGCUUUGUGUGAUCAGAACGAUAUGAUGUUUGUACAGCCUGGAGAUCUAAAUGGGUUGAAACAACAGCUGAUGAAGCUGCUUGAAUUUUCUGGAGGGUGUUUGCCUCUUACCCGUGUUCAUGCUGAGUAUCAGAAAAUUUAUGGGAGGCCUCUUUAUAUAUCAGAAUAUGGGGCUUUCAAACUUGUGAAUCUUCUCAAGAAGAUGGGUGACACAAUGGCAAUAGAGGGAAAAGGUCAGAAGAAGUUUGUCUACCUCCGAAACUCGAGACCUGGCCCAAGUGCUCCUCCACUAGCUCUGGCAAAGAAGGACAAGAAGGGGAAAGGGACUCAGGAAGAGAACAUUGACAUCAUCACAGGUGUUGGUGGAUCUUCAGAUGAGUUCUCAGAUGAAGAAAGGGUGGUUAUAGAAGAACAAGAUGAGCGGACGGGUGUAGAGAACACUGAUUUGGGGAUGGCAGCUAGAUGUGAAACUGGUGAGCCAAGUCUCGAACAGUUUAAGUACGAGCUACAAGAGAUUCUUGUGAGUUACUCGUGUAGAAUCUUCCUGGGUUGCUUUGAGGCUCUAUAUCAGCAACGAUACAAGAGACCACUGGAUUACCAGAGGUUUGGUGUGAAUGAGCUGGAGGAGCUGUUGGACAAGGUGAGAGAUGUUGUGGUUUUGCAGGAGGAACCGGGAACCAAGAGGAAGAUUUUGGUUGCUGUUAGCAGCUAGAAGAAUGGGGUAGCUCAUUUUUAUUUUUAUUUUUUUUUGCGUCAACUUAAUUAGGAUGUUUAUAGAUGAUAUGAGGCAUGCUUGUCGCUACACUAUUUCCCUUUUGCUUUCUUAUUUUUUUCCAGUAAAAAUUCCGUAAAAAAGGUAUACAAAAUAAAAAAGAAAAGAAGAAGAAGAUAAGGAAAAAUCCAGGAGCAUAUAUAUUUGUGGUGCUGACAUAGAUUUUAAAGGAUAAUUUCACAUCUUCCCCAGAAGGGGUCAUGUAGCUGAGUUGAUCAACUGCCAAAGUAGAUCUUUAAGUUAACUUGCUUUUUAAAUUUUUUCAUUUCCACACAUAAAUAAAGACAAUCUGUUUUUGUGGCUUGUGUAUGUCUUGAACUACGUAGGCUGGUGAAUGUGAAUUUGUUUUUACUUA